AUGGCGAGUCGAAAAAGAAAGCGAAAAAAUAAUCUACAUUUUCCCUCACUUUCUCGAGACCCAUUCACUUUACUUCUAAAAAAUCUAAAUCGGAGAGAAGAAUUGAGUAUGGCGGACGCUGUUGUUUCCGGAGAUAUGGCUUCUCUCGAUGCGGAUUUGCUGCAGCUGCAGGAGAUGUCUACGUUUGUUCUGAAAUCGAGACCCGAAUUCACACAGAAGCUCUUCGACCAGUGGCUUUCGCUCCCGGAAGCUCAUCGGCAGGUUACAUCAUUGCUUCAAGAUGCAAUGACUGGAGCUCCUUUGAAUGUCCCUGGAAGUGCAUCUGGUUCAGGUCCUGGCACCAGCAACUCUUUACCAUCCAUGUUUCCAGCGGGAAGUGCUCCUCCACUUUCGCCUAGGAGUUGUGGCUCACCACGCACAAUGAAACAGAGGGCCCCUUCUAAUUUAGGCUCUCCUCUAAAAGUACUCAACGAGCCUGUUAAAGAGUCGAUACCUCAGUUUUAUUUUCAAAAUGGUCGCCCACCGCCAAGCGAGAUAAAAGAGCAAUGUAUGUUUAGAGUCAACCACUUUUUCUACGGCCACAUGGAUGGACUACAGAUACAAGAAUUCAAAUUAGUCACCAGAGAAAUCUGCAAGCUCCCAUCUUUCUUCUCAACUUCACUUUUCAGGAAGAUCGAUGUCAAUAAUACAGGUUUUGUUACUAGAGAAGCAUUUAUUGAUUAUUGGGUAAACGGGAACAUGUUGAUAAUGGACACAACUACCCAAAUAUUUAAGAUACUAAAGCAGCAAAAUCAGAAUUUCCUUGUGAAGGAUGAUUUCAAGCCAUUACUUAAAGAACUUUUGGCGACACAUCCUGGGCUAGAGUUUUUGCAAGGCACACCUGAAUUCCAAGAAAGAUAUGCUGAAACUGUUACCUACAGAAUUUUUUACUACAUAAAUAGAUCUGGAAAUGGUCGACUUACAUUUAGGGAGCUUAAACGAGGAAACUUAAUUGAUGCUAUGCUUCAUGCUGAUGAAGAAGAAGAUAUCAACAAAGUGCUGAGGUACUUCUCAUAUGAGCAUUUCUAUGUCAUAUACUGCAAGUUCUGGGAGCUGGACACAGAUCACGAUUUCCUGAUUGACAAAGAAAACCUUAUGAAAUAUGGCAACCAUGCUCUUACCUACCGGAUUGUCGACAGAAUAUUCUCCCAGGUUGCCAGGAAGUUCACAAGCAAGGUUGAAGGGAAAAUGGGGUAUGAGGAUUUUGUCUAUUUCAUACUUGCGGAAGAAGAUAAAUCGUCAGAGCCUAGCCUAGAAUACUGGUUUAAGUGCAUUGACUUGGACGCAAAUGGGAUUAUUACGCGAAAUGAAAUGCAGUUCUUUUACGAGGAGCAGUUACAUCGAAUGGAGUGUAUGGCGCAAGAGGCUGUUCUUUUUGAGGAUAUCUUAUGUCAGAUUAUUGAUAUGAUCGGACCAGAGAAUGAAAGCUAUAUAACCCUGCAUGACCUGAAGGGCUCAAAACUCUCUGGAAACGUCUUCAACAUCCUGUUUAAUCUUAACAAAUUCAUGGCAUUUGAAACACGGGAUCCGUUCCUCAUUCGUCAGGAACGUGAAAACCCGACAUUGACAGACUGGGACCGAUUUGCACAUAGAGAGUACAUAAGGCUUUCAAUGGAAGAAGAUGUUGAAGAUGCAUCCAAUGGCAGUGCUGAGAAGCUCUUCGACCAGUGGCUUUCUCUUCCCGAAGCUCAUCGACAGAUUGCAUCAUUGCUUCGUGAUGCCUUGGCUGGAGCUCCUUUGAAUGUGACCGGAAGUUCAUCUGCUUCAAAUUCUGCUACCAGCAAUUCUAUACCAUCCAUGUUUCCUGCCGGAAGUGCUCCUCCGCUUUCACCGAGGAGCUGUGGUUCACCGCGUAUGACGAAACAGAGAGCUGGUCCUUCUAACUUAGGUUCUUCCCUGAAAGUAACCAACGAGCCUGUUAAAGAGCCAAUGCCUCAGUUUUAUUUUCAAAAUGGUCGUCCACCUCCAAGCGAGAUGAAAGAGCAAUGUAUGUUUAGAAUCAACCACUUCUUCUAUGGUCACAUGGAUGGACUGCAGAUACAAGAAUUCAAAUUAGUCACCCGAGAAAUCUGCAAGCUCCCAUCUUUCUUCUCCACUUCACUUUUCAGGAAGAUCGAUGUCAAUCAUACAGGUUUUGUUACUAGAGAAGCAUUUAUUGAUUAUUGGGUUAAUGGGAACAUGUUGAUUAUGGAUACAACGACCCAAAUCUUUAAGAUACUAAAGCAGCAAAAUCAUAAUUUCAUUGCUAAGGAUGAUUUCAAACCACUACUUAAAGAACUGUUGGCUACACACCCCGGUCUAGAGUUCCUGCAAAACACACCUGAAUUCCAAGAAAGAUAUGCUGAAACUGUGACGUACAGAAUAUUUUACUACAUCAAUAGAUCCGGAAAUGGUCGACUUACAUUUAGGGAGCUAAGACGGGGAAACUUAAUUGAUGCAAUGGUGCAUGCUGACGAAGAAGAAGAUAUCAACAAAGUGUUGAGGUACUUCUCAUAUGAGCAUUUCUAUGUCAUAUACUGCAAGUUCUGGGAGCUGGAUACGGAUCACGAUUUCCUGAUUGACAAGGAAAACCUUAUGAGAUAUGGAAACCAUGCACUUACUUACCGGAUUGUCGACAGAAUAUUCUCCCAGGUUGCCAGGAAGUUCACAAGCAAAGUUGAAGGGAAAAUGGGGUAUGAGGAUUUUGUCUAUUUCAUACUUGCGGAAGAAGAUAAAUCGUCAGAGCCUAGCCUAGAAUACUGGUUUAAGCUCAUAGACUUAGAUGCGAAUGGGAUUCUUACGCGAAAUGAGAUGCAAUUCUUUUAUGAGGAGCAGUUGCAUCGAAUGGAGUGCAUGGCGCAAGAGGCUGUUCUUUUCGAGGAUAUCUUAUGUCAGAUCAUUGAUAUGAUCGGACCAGAGAAUGAAAGCCAUAUAAUGCUACAUGACCUGAAGGGCUCCAAGCUCUCUGGAAACGUCUUCAACAUCCUAUUUAAUCUUAACAAAUUCAUGGCAUUUGAAACAAGGGAUCCGUUCCUCAUUCGUCAGGAGCGUGAGAACCCUACAUUAACAGAGUGGGACCGUUUUGCACAUAGAGAGUACAUUAGGCUUUCGAUGGAAGAAGAUGUUGAAGAUGCAUCUAAUGGAAGUGCUGAAGUUUGGGAUGAGUCACUGGAGGCUCCCUUCUGAGUUCGUAAAGCAGCAGAAAUUAAAACAAGUGGGAUGGAUAAGAAAAUAAAGGAGAAGGAAAAAUCCUUAGAAGGUUUUGCAAAUGUUGUUACUUCACCAUAUCGGUUUAAUCAUGCAGACCAGAUAUACAAAGUCAAUAAUUGGAGCUUACUUAGACGAAGGGCGAUAUCUUCUGUUGAAACCAUACUUUUGUUUGGAUUAUUUUCUACGUUCGUUUCAUUUGUAGCUAAAUAAUAUACAGAAUUUUAUUUAUUUAAUAAUCGUCUAGCUCAUGGCUUGUAUUUUGCAUUCACAUGUUUGUAUCUCACUCAGGGUUUGUUUUUGUCUGUACUUUGUAGCUGAUUUUACUUGAUUAUUUCCACUUGUUGAGAAUUGUGAAAACCAAUGGGCCUCGUUCCUUUUUUUGUUUUGUUUGGUUCUGUUUUGAG